AGUCCCACUGUGCCACGCCGCAACAAAAAAUGAGAGAAUUUUUGCGCCUCUUCUGCGCUCCUCUCCGCUCUUUUUCCACAUCGCAACAUCCUUCUUCUGCUUGCGUCCACCGCACGGGCCCGUUCCGAGUCGGCGUCGAUAAAAUUUCUUCUUGGUGUGUGCCUCGCCUCCUCUCGCGGUUCGGCCAGACAGACAGACAGGACCAGACCAGACCACGAAGUGGAGGUGCCCGCCGGUUCUCGCGCGAACAGUGCUCUGUCCCCCAGUGAAGAAAAAAGCAAAAAAAAAAGCUAGCUAUACCCCAAGUUCCGGCCGUUUCUGUCCCCGCCGGGUGUCGUGGUCCGUAAUCCGCGCGAUUUUUUCGGCUUUCGCAAACCAAAUUUGCCUCGCGGAACCGCUUUUUUCGCCCGCGACCGAAUCCGGAUUUGCCGACGGGAUAGAAGAAGAAGACGAAGAGAGUGUGUGUGGAGGAAGAAGAAGAGUGAAAAAUUGAUGUCAGUCAUAAUUGGAAGAUAGAAUAAUAGCUCCUUCUGUUUACACACACUGUGUUCUUUUACUCGAUUUCGAUCAAACAAACCCCUUUUUUGUUGAUUAUUUCUAAAGAUGAAUAAGUUUUGGGUGCUGACCAAUUUGAUCCAAAAUUCAAACGUAUAUCCAAUACCUAAAGUUGAGCAUCCGCACCACCAGCAGUCGGAUCAGCAGCAACACCCGCAGCAGCAGCAGCCGCACCAGCAGCCACCUCCGUCCCAUCAGCCAGCGUCGUCGACGACGUCGUCCAAGGGCGGAGGGAGUCGGCAUCCCGCGAACCAUGCAAUAGGACCGGCUGCGCCGGGAAUCUACCACAAUCCCAGUGGCGUUCCGGGGCCGACAGCGCCCGGUGCGAGCUCGGCGCCAACUGUACCCACAUCGGCCAUAGGAUCGCCACAUCUUACGAAUCUUUCCGGACCAGCUGCGGCGAACGCACACAGUGGCAGAGGAAGCACGGGCCAUGCACCGGCACCGCCCGGGGCCCACCUGCAGCUGAACGGGACGGUCUCGUCGGACCACACAAAGGCACAGUAUUUAGGCAACAUGCAGGUGCACCCGGCCCACGCCACCAGCGGUCACCAUGCGCCACCAACGGCCACCCAAGGGGGCCCACCGCAGUCCGCCCAUCCUCCCCAGCCGAUCUCGAUCGUCAAGCCGGAGUUCAAGGUGCCGUCGAUACCGACCCACCUGAUGGACGUGCGCGGCCCGGACGGGUCGAUCGUCAAGAUCAACAUGCCCGAGCAUCACGACCCGAGCAAGCCGCCCAACAACGUCGAAAUGUUGAAAGUCAACAUCGAGGAUCUCAGUCAAUUUCUCUCGUACCAUGAAGUCUUCGGAAAGCUACCUUCCGACAUGCUAACGGGUCCGUCCGCUAGCCUAGUGCCAUCAUCCGCUACCAACACUGCGUCCACCAGCGGUGGCCACAGUAACGGUAAACUGAACCACAUCCGGGGCAGCAGUAGCAGCAGCAGCGGCAGCCAGCAGCAUCCGCAGGGUGAGUCCCCGUUCAAGUGCAGCUACUGCGCCAAGAGCUUCACCCGGAAGGAGCACCUGACGAACCACGUGCGCCAGCACACCGGCGAGUCGCCGUACCGCUGCCCGUACUGUGGCAAAACGUUCACCCGCAAGGAACACCUCACGAACCACGUCAGAUUGCACACCGGUGAAACUCCCUACCAGUGCACCUACUGCGGGAAGAAGUUCACCCGAAAAGAACACCUCACCAACCAUGUCAGGUUACACACCGGAGAGACCCCGUUCCAGUGUACGUACUGCGAGAAGAAGUUCACGCGAAAAGAACACUUGACAAACCACACGAGAAUACACACUGGAGAGACUCCCUAUCAGUGCACGUAUUGCGAGAAGAAGUUCACCAGAAAGGAACGCUUGACGUACCACAUAAGGUUACACACCGGCGAGACGCCCUUCCAGUGCUCGUACUGUCAGAAGAAGUUUACCCGCAAAGAGCAUUUAACGAAUCACGUCAGAUUACAUACUGGAGAGACCCCCUUUCAGUGUACCUAUUGCGAAAAGAAAUUCACGCGCAAAGAGCAUUUAACGAACCAUGUCAGAAUACACACUGGCGAGACUCCGUACCGGUGCACGUAUUGUGAGAAGAAAUUUACCAGAAAAGAGCGUUUAACGUAUCACAUAAGAUGGCAUACCGGAGAGACUCCCUAUCAUUGCACAUAUUGCGAGAAAAAAUUCGCACGAAAAGAACAUUUAACGAAUCAUGUCAGAUUGCACACCGGUGAGACGCCCUAUCACUGUACCUAUUGUGAGAAAAAAUUUACCCGCAAAGAGCAUUUAACGAACCAUGUCAGAUUGCACACUGGAGAGACUCCCUAUCAGUGCACAUAUUGCGAGAAGAAAUUCAGUAGAAGAGAGCGUUUAACGAUUCACACAAGAUUACACACCGGUGAAACCCCGUACCAUUGCACUUACUGUUCGAAGAAGUUUGCUCGCAAAGAACAUCUCACGAACCAUAUCAGAAUACACACCGGAGAGACCCCCUAUCGGUGCACAUAUUGUGAUAAGAAAUUUACCAGAAAAGAGCGUUUAACGUAUCACAUAAGACUACACACCGGCGAGACCCCCUAUCAGUGUACCUAUUGCGAGAAAAAGUUCACGCGAAAAGAGCAUUUAACGAAUCAUGUCAGAUUGCACACCGGAGAGACCCCUUACCAGUGCACGUACUGUGACAAAAAAUUCACGCGAAAAGAGCAUUUAACCAACCACACAAGAUUGCACACUGGAGAGACCCCCUAUCAUUGCACCUAUUGUGAGAAGAAAUUUAUGCGAAAAGAACACUUGAAAAACCACGUCAGAUUGCAUACCGGAGAAACUCCCUUUCAAUGUACGUACUGCCAGAAGAAGUUUACGCGUAAAGAGCAUUUAACCAAUCACACCAGAUUACACACCGGUGAAACGCCGUACCAUUGCACUUACUGUACGAAGAAGUUUGCUCGCAAAGAACAUCUCACGAACCACAUCAGAUUACACACCGGCGAGACGCCGUACCAGUGUACGUACUGUUCCAAGAAGUUCACUCGCAAAGAACAUCUCACGAACCAUCUCAGACUGCACACCGGGGAAACUCCUUACCAGUGUAACUUUUGCGAAAAGAAGUUCACCAGAAAAGAACACCUCACGAACCACGUCAGAUUGCACACGGGCGAGACUCCCUAUCAGUGCUCGUAUUGCCAGAAGAAGUUUACCAGAAAAGAGCAUUUGACGAAUCACACCAGGCUGCACACUGGCGAGACGCCCUAUCAUUGCACCUAUUGCGAGAAGAAAUUUAUGCGCAAAGAGCAUUUAACGAACCAUGUCAGAUUACACACUGGCGAGACUCCCUACCAUUGUACCUACUGCCCGAAGAAGUUCGCUCGCAAAGAACACCUCACGAACCAUGUCAGAUUGCACACCGGAGAAACUCCCUAUCAGUGCACGUACUGUGGGAAGAAAUUCACCCGAAAAGAGCAUUUAACCAAUCACAUCAGAUUGCAUACCGGAGAGUCUCCGUACCGGUGUGAGUACUGUAACAAGUCCUUUACCCGCAAAGAACACCUCAAGAAUCACAUCAGGCUGCACACCGGAGAUUCGCCGCACAAAUGCGAGUACUGCAACAAGACGUUCACGCGCAAGGAGCACCUCAACAACCACAUGCGCCAGCACAGCGGGGACAACCCGCACUGCUGCAACGUGUGCAACAAGACGUUUACCAGGAAGGAGCACCUGAUUAACCAUAUGAGCCGGUCUCAUACCGGAGAGCGUCCGUUCCAGUGCGAUGAGUGCGGCAAGUCGUUCCCGCUCAAGGGCAACCUGCUGUUCCACCAGCGCAGCCACACCAAGGGCCAACCGAUGGAGCGACCGUUCCGGUGCGACAUGUGCCCGAAGGACUUCAUCUGCAAGGGCCACCUGGUGUCGCACCAGCGGUCCCACACCGGCGAGAAGAACCACCACUGUCCGCAGUGCAGCAAGUCGUACGUCGAGCGGGGCAACAUGCUGCGGCACAUGAAGAAGACCCACCCGGACGCGGUGAUCCCGGUGCUGCCGAAGCUGCCCCACAUCAAGGUCGAGCCCAAGUCCGGGGAGUACUUAGUAGUAGCUCAGCCGGUGGUGACGUCCCCGGUGCAGGCCACCUCCUCCACGAUCACCUCGAUCAUCUCGAAUAGUCAUCCAUCGCAGCACAACCAUCACAUUCAACCGAAAAUGGAACAGAAAUCUCAGAUACACCAUCUUACGCUUCCCCAUCAGCAUCAGGCUCACCAGCUGCACCACCACAUCUCAUCGGGGGCGGCCCCGCCGAUGCACCUGCCACCGCCAAACCCCCAACAAUUGGCAGCGCUCGCCCUCCAUCAUCAGGUGGCCCAGCAGCAGCAGCAGCAACAACCACAACAACAAUCCUCACCCUCAACGGGCCGAGCACAGCCUUCUCCUCGUACAUCACAUCAGCCGCAGCAGCAGCAGCCGCUGCCGCUGGCGCAGGUCCAACAGCCGGGGCCCCAGGUGGUCCCCCCGGUGGUGGUGCCGGUCCAGGUGCAGGUCCCCCAGGAAAACCCCCAACAGUCACAGCAGCAGCAGCAGCAGCAGCCGGCCCAGGGCCCAACUGGACCCCUGCCACCACAACACCAUACGGUCCCGGUUACUAUUAUAACCCACGCUGGCACAAUUAAUCCCCUAACCGUGGCGGACGGACUGCAGAACCGGGCUAGUGCGGCCACCAUCGGAACCACCAUCCAGAUGCACCACCUGACUGCGGCCGCCCAGUCGGACGAGCACUCGGUCGUUUACUGAAGCAACAUCCCGGCGGCGGCCACCAAAAUCACAGUCUCGGGACGGAAAACGUUGACGCGGCUGUGAGCGGCGGGACAACCUGGCCACCUCCGACGAUCACCACCACAGAGAGAUGAACGCGCGCGCGCGAGUUUUACAGUACAGAUUUGCAAUUAGUAGUUUUUAACCAUAACAGAGUAGGGCGUCAUUACUCGUAACCAGUAAUAUGUAUGCGACAACAAGCAAGUACUAAAACCAGAAAACAAGUAUGUAACUAUACAAUUAUAUAUACAAACACGAGAGAAUGUAUAACAAUAACAAAAAAAGUCACAUACACACACAGCGAUAUCGAUAUCAAAUAUCGAACACACAAAAAUAACACUAAAACUAAAAGUAAUAAAACUGUUGAAACAACCAACACAAAACACAAAAACUAACUGGUAAUCUAGUGAAAGAAACCGACAAAACCUAUUGACCAGAGCGAGAUCCAGAACAAAGCUGGACAGUGUGAACCAACCUACCAACCCAACACUGACUGUUUCCAGCGUUCUUUUUUGUUCGAUACGCGACAAACAGCCGAGAGAAAGAGACAGCGAGGUGCGCUCAGACGCGUGUGAUAGAAUACGGUGAGGGAGACAACCCGCAAACACAAAAAAAACGCAGUGACAUACAGACACGGACGCAGAUGCAACACAAACCACACACACACUCACACUUAGGUAAAGAAACUAUUACAAGAUGAACAUAGAAAUCAAUACUUACGCAAAUAAGCAAAUUGUUGAAAUAGGUGAAAAUAAACAAAUAGUAAUCGAUUUUACCCCGCAGUUGAUAAAUGCAAGUUAAUCAGAGAGAAAGAGAGCGCGCGCGAACGUAAGCAAGAGGAAGGAUGUGAAAAUAAGGGAAUGCGAUAGGAAGGUUGCUGGUCAAAAUCUCAGAAAAAAUAAAAAAGCACGUUUCGGCACGGAGAGAUAGUCACACCAACUGGUGAGGAAGAGAACAAUAGCGAGAGAGUUCCACACGAGCCUGAACUGUGAGAAGCGCGCGAUGCAACAUGCAACAACAACAACAACAACAGCAGAGUUGGGCACCGCUUCGCCGCGGUGCUCGAUGCUGAAUGAAUAGUACAACAUUAUUAAACAGUAACUAUUAAUAGUAGAAACAACAAAGAAACAAAAAAAGAUGUAACAAAUAACUGUUUGGAAACUAAGAGCACCACAAACUUGAGAGCGAGAGAAGUUUUACAGAGCAUAUUAACAAAAAAAAGAGAGAAAAAUCGUGCGUAUUUAACAUCUAAGCCCAUCAAACCUUCAUCUUCUACGCCGUUCAAAUCACGCCCAUUCAUGAUACAAACACACAAACACUCUGAGAGAAGUAUAAAAUGUCGCCAUAUUUGCUGCCGCCAUAACGUUGAAAAACACAGACAAAUAGACAUGGAAAAAAACUUGUCACGAACUAAUGCACACACAUUCACCUACAACACACCGAUUCUUCACACACAAACAAGCAUAACAAACAAUAGGUAAACAGAACGAGCGCGCAUCGACAGCGCAACCCCUGAAAUGAUGAACCUUUCCAUAGCAGCAGCAACAACCCAGCAGAUAUAAACAGAACAAAACUAAACUACAGAACAACAAUUAUUUUUCUAUGUCUUGUGUGUUUUUUGUAAUGUAACAAAGUGAGAGUGGUGAGAGAGUAAUGUCACUUCGAUAAGGUGAGUAACAAGAAGGAAGAUUGGUUGAGUUUUGUCUUGAAUAUUUUAUGAUUUUCCGCUGUGCCCUUUGAAUGGGGUUUUCUGGCGUGCGUCCUGCUUUUGGUAUACGAUUCCUACGUCCGUGUUAGGGAAGCUCAAUGCUUUUUAGACCAAGGAUGUUAGACCAAGCAGGAUGUUCACAAGAAGCUUCAAAAGGGCUUUCACACACAUACAAACAAUCACAUUUUCCCACUCACACACACACACAUACAGAGAGUCUCUUCAAUGAGUUGCGAGCAAAGAGGUGAGCUUUUGUUGAUAAAAUUGGUAGUUCCAAUCAAAAGAUCGACAAAAGGUCGCGCCUUGCUCAUCUUAUUUAACCAUAAACUUAACAAUAGUUCCAUAGCAUCUAAUAAACAAUAGUAACCAGUUUUACCCACACGCAAGCAUACUACGCAAUAGAAUAUAUAACACAGAUGGACUGUUCAAACAGUUCAAACAAGCUACAAACUAUACUUAUUUAAAACAUACAGAAAUACAAACACAGAUAAAAUAGUCAGGAAAGAUUCUUCUUCUGAUACUAACAAACACACACGCAGAGAUCAUAAUAUGUAAAUGUAAGCUGAAACAGAGAGUACAUAAAAUCCACACAAACACAUCCUUUGUUGAACGCAGAUAGAGAGAUGAUUGGUCGAAACAACAAUAUUGUGUACAUUAGUACACACACACGAGAUGAUGUAGUAUUUAGCAUUUGAAGUUUUUCCGUUCGUUCGUUUGAUCAUUCGUUUGUCAGAGAAGCAUUUUUCCUUUUUCCACAAACACACACCACACGCAGAUACAGAUAUUUAAGAGGUUUUGUUUUUCUUAGUCUCCAUAUUAAGCACACACAGCAACACAAACCAUAAAACAAUAACAAACAAUAAAAGCAGAGUAUAUAGAAACCACCGUGUCACAAAAUAACACACCACAAUACAACACAGCAAAACUACAAGCAGAUGCAGAGAUAAAUAGAUUGAAAACAUAGAAAAAAAAACCAGAAAAAAAUAAUACAAAACCAAGCAGUUUACUUCCAACCAUAUUGUGCGCGUAGCGUUCACAUUCAACCCCAAACUCACCCAGCAAUAGCAGAAUCAAACAGGGAAGGCAGGGCCGGAACGUUCCGAGCUUUGCCUUUUUCUGAAGCAGCAGCAGCAGGACAAAAUGGACACUAUUUCUUUCAAUCAGUCAGAUUUUUGAGUUUGAAUUCUUUCGUUUCAAGUGCAACUCUUUAGUUUUCAGCGACAUCUUCUGGGCGGCCAACGCAUAUAUGUAUGGGAUUUUAACGGCUUUUAUAUUCCGCGCGUUUCGGCUUUGGUCCCGCUGUGAGUCGGUGGGUGGGCGUUCUUGUCUUCUUGUCCGAAAAUCUCCGGUGAUAAGUUUUGGGUUUUAGCAACGAAAGCACCACUAAAUUUUGGAGGGCUGGUCCCUGCGGUUUCAUGAUCUCAAAUUAAGUCGUCGACGUCGUCAUUUUAGCCAUACUUUUAGGUUUGUAAUAUUUCGCGUGGUUCCGGUCCCAAAUUUAUCCCUCGAAAAUGAUAAAAUAAAAGCGGGUGUUGAUCACCCGUUUUCGCCGCGUUUAAAUUUAAGCUUUCAUCGAAGCACAAGAACGCCCUCACUGACGAUGCGUCAAGCGCCAAGGUUGAAACGGGCCCGAAUAUGGCCGCAGCGCGACUUUUGAAAGACUUUAAUUACUACUUUCUAGUCAUUUUAGCAGCUCCUUUAUCGCACACUCGAAAAGGGAACCAAUUUUACGACGGGCGCGAAAAAAUGCGAACAAUUUCGUGCCCGAAAGAGAUCACCUUUGGAAGAAGAAUUUUUAUUGCUUUUGAUUUCAAACCGGAACAGUUUAAAACAACAUAUAUACAGCAGACAAACCACAACUAACAGCAGCAGAAACAGGAGAAAAAGUAAUGUUUUCACCACACUACAAUAGCAUUUCUUAUUGUUUGUUCGAACACAAUCUUAGGUUUUCACUCACACACCGUCAGUCACAGAGAAAAUUUCUCGUUCAAGGCACCUUUAAAAUACAAACGAAACAAAGCAAAAAAAAACGUACCACUUUUAAGCGGAGUUCUUCUCACACACAAACAUUUACAAAAAAUACACCUGAAAUACACACGUGUAGAAAAGUGCGGCGAAAAAAAAGAGAAGAUAAAAAAGUUACAAACACACUAUUCAUUCACGAAACAAAAGCAAGCAUUCACUCACAUUAAAACAAACACACACAUACGCUAUCUCUUAAGGUUCAAAAUUCAUCACCAAAUAGGAGAAUAAUGAAAAGAAAAAAAGAGCAAAUUCAGGAAACAUAAUAACAUAUAAAAAAGCAUAAUAUUUAACGGCAGUAGAAAUAUAAAUUCUGACAAGUUUGAAAAAAUAACAACACACGAAAAAGCAAAACAAAGAGUAACAAAACAGCAACAAAAAAAGCAUAACCUUAUUGAUUUUUAAUGUGAAUUGUUUUUCUUGUUUUUCCUUUUUCGUUGUUUUUUACGAUUAGCCCGUGUAAUCAAAACAAAACAGAGCAAGCAAAUAGAGAGAGAGCACUUUAUUGAUUAUUAAAGCUAGAGGCAGCAGUACGAUGAUGAAACAAAAACCACGCAAACAAAACACACACACGCGCACGCGUUCGCGUGCCGGCGGUUUUAUUUUAGACAAGAAACAAACAAAAAAGAAGAAAAUCGAAACUAUUUUGUUGUAAAAGAUGUUAUAGUAAAUGUACAUAAGGUGAAAACAGAUAAAACAAAAUCACACAAAAUCAUGUGUAAGACAAAAAAAACAUGCAAAUAAAAUAAAAAGUGCAGAGUAGAGAGAAACAUAAGAAUACUAAAACAAACAAAACCACUUAGCGUUAGAACAGAUAACAAAAAAAAAAAACAUUUAGAAGAGACAACAAAAAGCAACGUUUAGGUAUGUGUCUGAGAUAUAGCAACAUAUGCAAAAUAUACAAAAUUAAACAAACACACACAGAAAGAGCGAGAGGAUAAAUUCACACGGUCGAGCGAGCGCGCGAGCAGCGGAAAAGGACACAACAAAAUUCUCACUUUCGGCGAGCUAGAAAAAGGGAAAGCUGGAAAAGUUUUGAAAAAAUCGAACGUUUUGAGUUUUAGGAGCGCGAUUAAAAAAUGAACAAAAUUUACAACAAAUUACACGCGAGGAGAAGAGAAAUAAGGCGAGAGAGAUCGGUAAAUGAUAACAAAAAUAAAAGUACCGCAAGUGAUAACUAAUGAGAGCGUGACACAGGAGAGUUAAAAACACACACACACAGAUAAAAGAGGUGAAUGCUGUAUAUACAAAAAAAAGAAGAAAUUUUAUUUACAAUUUUUUCAGAGGAAAAAAAGAAAAGGAAAAAAUGUGAAACAAAUCGUAAUAAGAGGAAGAAAAAUAAACAAAAAAUCUUUAUGACGAAUGCAAACAAAUCACGUGCAGCUAAGCUGCAUUUUAUACGAAUUUUCUAUUGAAGGUUAUUUUUAAUUUACAUUAAAUUGACGAUCGGAGGUGCAAAAGAGGGAGAACCGAAAAGCAAACUGGAAAAAAGAAGAAUGGCGAAAGGAAGGCAUAUUUUACACGCGACAAACCAGGAGAAAUUCAAAUUUGUAGGCUCUACCAGAUUUUUUCGGUAUAAAACCAUUUCGUGGCAAAUAUAGUAUGGAAAGCAAAAACAACAAGUGUAUUAUGAAUAAAGGAACAGGAAAAUUCGGAAUUAGGCGUUCGAAGGAAAAUCAUGUGUUUAACAAACAAAACAAACAAAAAACAUGUAGCGAUAUAUCGUAAGCGCGAGCAGCAAGUUUAGGCAGAACAUAUAAAAUUACGCAGAAGGUUAAUGUAAGGGCAAAAAUAACGGAAAAUUCGAAACUAAAACACAUUAUUGCGUUCAGCGGACGGUAAUGAUUUAAUGAUAACAUUUAUUUAUUACAUUUGUAAGGAGAUACAAGAAAACUAUAUAGAUUUUCCUUAUUUUUAAUAUUUUGUUUUAUUUUUUAUACUUUUAGAGUAUCGAUAACACGCAUUAUUUUAGGUUUAGCGUCGAAAAAAGUUCAUAUUAUUUAUUAAGGAAAGCAAAAUCAGAACAUAAAGAAGAAAAAAACAACCUACAAUAUGAACCACAAUGUCCUCCAUAAACAAAACAAUAGUGAAAGCGCGAGUGCGAGUUAGGAAGGUUGCAGAAAAUAGUCGAUUCCUAUUUCACGUUCGAAAACAGUCAAAACAAACGCAAAAUCGCACCAACAUCCGUACUUAUGAUGGGAAAAAGGAGUUUUAAGGUUAGAGACAAACGAAACUGUACCAGUUAGUGAACUAGUGCGAAUCGGUUCGCUUGAUGCCAUGUUUUGUGUAAAUUAAUCGUCCACAUUACUACUACUACUGUGUAGAAUAAGGAGAAAUCGCGCAACCCUUCACACCAUUUUUCGAAAAUCACGGGUUGUUUGUGCACGAAAUGUUUCAAAUUACUUCCUAAAAAGCAAUUUCCAGCGGUGCAAUGAGUCAUCCCUGCGUUGAACUUGGCGCAGUAGGCCUGGCCAACUGUCGUUUUUUGGUUCCUUCGAAGUAAUUUUUCGACAAUUUCUUGCACAUACAAUCAGAAGAGGUGGGACACUCACAAAAAUCCCCAUUGACAUCGUGGGCCAACAUAAUUUUGUGAAGGUUUAAUAAAAAAUAAAACAAAAGUAGGCCGAUUUCACACUAGUCCACGCGUGAGUAAGAAAUAAAAAAAAAAGCAAAGGAAAAAGCUGUUCGAUCUAGGGACCAUUACUUUCUGCAUCCAAGCAAGCCCCUGGGAUGAACAAAACAAAACAGUAAACAAUACAACAACAAACAAACAAACAAACACAAACCGACGAUAAUAAUCAAUACUGAACUUGUGUAUAAAAUGUGAACGGCAAUGAAUCGAAGCAUGCUGCGCAAAAACUACACGAGUCCAACCAACCCACAUCAACAAACACACACAACAAAUAAGAAUUACAUGAUUUCCGAUAAUUUUACAAUCACAGUGAAGCGAAAUGAUUGAACAACUAUUAUUUCAGCCUUUUCCUUCUUUUUUCACGCAAACAAACAAAACUAAAAAAAAACAAGCGAAUGUGCAGAAAAGUAACAAUAAAUAAAUAAAAAAAAAACAAAAAAA